AAAUUCUUUUUAAAUAGCUAUUCACUGCAUUUUAUUUAUACAUUUUCAAUCUACUUUUAUCAUAUUCUUACUGCCAAAGACAUUUAAAACUAAGUUUCACUGUUCCUCAACGCACGGCGCUGUGACCGAAAUUUCUCUAUAAACAAUACACACUGCUCCUAGCAAAGCUUGGAAUUACAACAGUUCCUAAUAUCAUUUCAUAUACCUAUUCAUUUAUAUAAAAUGAUGAGCAUGUCACGUGUUUAAAAAGGCAACGAAACAGACUGAGAAACUCCAUUUCUUGUAACAUCUCACACGUUUAAGGCAUGGAUCCAGAAUUUCUUUCUAGACUGAUACCACAGAAUAAAGAGCACGUGCGUCCAGCAUGCAAGAAAUGUGGAUAUGCUGGACAUCUUACAUAUCAAUGCCGUAAUUUUAUCAAAGUGGACCCGAACAAAGAGAUUGUUUUAGACGUUAGCAGUACAAGCUCUGAUAGUGAUGAGAAUUAUGUUACUCCUUUGACUGAACUACGGGAAAAGGAGCUAAAGAAGAAACUCCAGGAAGCUAAGAAAAAAAAGAAAGAGAAGAAGAAUAAGAAAAAAUCUAAGAAGCGUAAGAAGUCAGACACUAGCGACAGUGACUCAGAGUCAGAAUCUUCCAGCGAGGAAGACAAGAAGCAUAAACAUAAGAAGAAGAAAAAGAAGUUGAAACAUAAAAAGCAUAAGAAACACAAGAAGGAUUCCUCCGACAGCGAUUGUGAUAAGAAAAGAUAAUUUCAUUUGACUAAUCACUAGCUAUUGUAAAUAUUUAAUAUGUACAUAAUACUGUAUUGUCUGCGAGUGAGUAUAUAAAAUUACAUUUAUACAAACUGUUUUCAAUCUCCAAAUGUAAAAGGAACGAAUAUAAUUUUAUAUUAAACAGUAAAUGUAUUCUGAUAAUUAAAAAUAGUUUUGUCCCAUGAUUAUAAGAACAGGCAUUUCAGUUCAAAUAAAGAAAUACGUGACUGUACGCUGUA